AUGCACCUGAAGACUGGAGCCACACCUGUCUUCGCCCGAGCUCGAGACGUACCAGUUGCCCUCCGUGAUGCCUACGACAAGGAAAUCGACAUUAAAAUCGCAUCUGGCUUCUACAAAAGAGUGGACUACUCCGAGUGGGCGUCAACAACACACGUCGUUGCCAAGAAGAACGGCAAGUUGAGGAUCACAGGCAACUACAAGCCAACUCUGGGUUUAAACCCACGGAUCACUAUCGAUGAACAUCCGAUUCCCAAGAUGGAACACCUGUUCAACCAAAUGCGCGGCGCCACUCUCUUUUUUCACCUGGACAUCGACGACGCGUACACUCAUCUCGAGGUCGAUGAUGAGUUCAGUCACGCGCUCACGCUGAACACCCCCAACUCAUGGUCUGAUCCGUCCAGCACGAGCAGUCUAUGGAGCAGCUAA